AUGCCGACAUCAUUGCCCGAAUAUCACGCGACACUGCAACCAACAGUGGCAGCCGGGAGUGACAGUGGCGUCCUCCUCUCGUACCCCCUUGACCCCUCCGCCUCUGCCGCCUCUGCCGCUGCUGAAUUAGCGAGAAACUCCGCCCACUGUGCGAGCAACACCUCUAUCGCUGUCUUUCUCUUCGCGAAGGAAAAGCUCCUCUUCCGCUAUCCCGACACGGACCCCUUUGUCGUCGAUGUGGCCGCGCAGGGCUGCCCCUCAACUUCGUGUUCUUCGGCCCCAACGGGGGGAUGUGCCGCGUCUGCUGCCGCCGCGGCAGCAGACGCAUCGAGCAAGAAGGCUUCGGGUGAUAGCAACGCCUCUUCCACCCCCGGCACCGCACAUACGUCUUCGUCUCGUGACCAUCAUCGAAGUCGUGGAUCUCAUGUCGAGCAAGCCAGGAAGGGGGGCGGUGGCGUCGUUGGAGGAAACACCAGCAGCGGUGGCACUUGCCUGGAUCCGGACGAUGCCAGCAGCGGACAGACGGCGGCCUUAUCGAUAAGCGGGAGUGGCGGUAGUCGACUGAAGAAGUCACCAUUCAUACACGUAACCAUGACGAUGGAUGCGAAGGACAGUCAUCACCAUCACGGGGCCUGUCCGGAUCCCAACGCGUCGGUCAGCAGCAGCAGCGGAGGCGUGGCACCGCAGCGCGGAAUGCGGCGUCCAGCCUCGAGCUAUUUGCUCGGUAACGACCACUUUAGUGGCAGUGGAGGCAGCUUCGGCCACGGACAGUCUGCUGUGUCGUCCGGUGGCGGUGGCACAGCCGCCGUAGAGGGUCGCCGCGGGCUCACAGCGAGGGGACUACCUGGUAACACCCCAGGGACAGUGACCCAAGCCCAGCAAACACCCCCUGGAGGCAUGCGGCGUCCGCUGUCUGGUGCAGCAGCAGGAGCAGCGGCGGUCUCCUCGUCCACCAGUGGUCCUUCCAACGCGCGAAAGACGAACAAUGCUUCCGCUGGGUCUGCGGCUGGUGGCGGCGGUGUUGGUGGUUCGGCAUCGAGUGGCGGUCGCAACGGAGCCCCGCAACAACUGCAGCAACUGGCUGCAACCACGGGCGCUGCCACAUGCGUCGGCAUCGCCCCGAAUGUCCUCAUGCAUCUCCUACGUGGGGCUCUGUGUGGCACCACCACCAUCAACAUGGUCAACUGCACCUUCCUCGUGUUUCCGUUGUUAAUAGGGGCUGCCGCGCCGAACGCGGUCAGUGGACAGGACGGCAGAACAGGCAGCAGUACCGGCAGCUUUGCCUCCCUUGAUCGUCUACGAUUGCCACACCGCUCCGGUACGGCGCUCCUCGUAGUAGCAAUGAAGGAACCAGACACGGACGUUGGCGCCAUCACGAACUUCACGCAGUGCUUCGUGAAUAUCCUGUGUCGCGAGGAACACCGCUGUCAGUACGUGUCCACAGAGCUGGAGCGCAUGGAGACGCUGACCAACCACUGGAAGGUCGGCGGCGCUGCGGCGCUGGCGAGCGCUGCGACUGCGACUGCAAAAAAGCGGCGGCCACAUGGAGAAAAGGCCCAUCAACAGCAGUUCGUGGCUGGAGGUGCCGGUGAGUCUUUCCGCGCCGACGCCAGCGCUGUGACUGCGCCAUCACCGCGACUGGGCGUACAGGCAUCGCGCGGCAGCAGGCCUGCGUCGGCGUCUGUCUCGCCUGCUUCAGAUCGCCGUCAUCGCGCCCUCAGUACGACAGAGGCACCGGCCGACAGUGCAAGUCCCAGGGGUGGCGAUACAGACAGCAGCGCUGCCUCCUCUGACAACUACGACUACUUGUUUUCUCCUUCCCGACCCGCUGUCCGGCACACACGCGUGCCUGCUGCGGCCAGCGAUACCGCAAACGAGAAGACCAACUUGACGAGCCACAGCGAUAGCAGCGCUGCAUCAGGGACUCGCAUUACUCUGCGCUCUGGCUAUAUUGAGCAGCACCAUCAUCAUCACUCGAGAGAGUCCUCACCUUCUGCAGCCUUACAGGGCAGCAUCUCAGGACCCUUCCUGGGGUGGGCCGAUCCGGACGACAACGCGGGCGGUGACGAUAGCGCGCAUCGUGAAGAUGGCCGCGAUGCAGAUCAUGUCCUCUCGCACUCCGCACUACCUUCCAAUGGGAGAAGCGGAGAGCACAGCAGCAACCGCCCCGGCGAUCCAUCUCAGGCUACAGCUGCUUCGUCCCCUCUCACCGCCUCCGCAUCGUCACAUUCCUUGUACCAGCAGCUCGCGGUGCACGUGCGGCUAGCAUACGAGGUGCUGCGCGUGGCGCAGUGUAUUGACGUGUGGAACCGCACGAUGCGUGGCGGGUGCAGGGCCGGCAACGGCGCCUGGGGCGGCGCCUUCGAGGGUAGCGUGUGGAGCAAGCGGACAAGUCGCAUGACGAGCUGCGGUCGGGGCGCCACCGCUGCAUUACGAAAACCGUGCCGGGGCCAAUCUAUAGCCGCGGCCUACGAUGAACAGCAGCAGCUUACCUUCCCUUCCGCUGGCACGACCCUCGACGCUCUCCCAGAGGCACUCCUGAUCAACCGCAUGUUGUUGCUGCCCACGUCUCACCUCACAGGCACUGAGCGGCAGGAAGAGGCGCAGAGUCUGCGCUCCGCCUGCUCCCGCAUCCACCCUUGCAGUGUGCUGACCAUUGAGGCGGACCAGCUCACCGAGCAGCUGCAACACCGCUAUCUCGAGAUGAUGGGGUGGCGCUACUCCAAGCUCGUUCCGCUGUCGACGGUGUACGCGCUGCUGCAGGCACUGCCGUCGCCGCGACGCGCGGGCUCAUUUUAUCGGAGUCUUGAACUCGCCUUGCUGGAGGCGGUGCAGCGACACCACGCCCGUGCCGCCGCAGCAGCGGCAGCGGCAGACAACGCCAACACCACCAGUGUGAGCAGCAGGUUUGAUGUGGGUGCGACCGCCACCUCGGUAGCACAGGCAGACCUCCGCAGCAGUCGCGAGAUGACCGACGAGGGCACGAAUGCCUUUCACGCAUCGGCGGCAGAGGCGGCGGCCACAACAGCUGCUGGGCUGGACUUCCUCGCGAUGGAGAUUAUCGACUUCCUGCGCGUGAACGGUGCCAUCUCUGUAGCGUCGGAGAUGUAUGUGUGCUUCACACACAGCGAGGUGACUCCGGUGGCAUUGAUGGAUGCUGCCGUCGCACGCCGUCGUCGCCAUCGCCUGAAGGCGGAGCGGCGAAAGCGAAAGGCUGCAGCAGCCGCAGUAGGCGCACUGAAGGAAAGCGGCGAUAGUGACGCUGCCAGGCAUGGGAAGCGCCGCCAUCGCCCACACUAUACAGCACAUGAUCUCGAGAAGGGCGCGGGAAUAGGCAGCAACAACGAGAUGGACUCCGGCUUCGCCGUGAUGAGACCACGCCCGCAGUGGAAGACGAUUAGCGAGUCAGCGAGCGCGAGUGAGGGUUGGAUGUCGUUUGAGACGAUGGACAUCGGACCCACCACCGGUGCGUCGAGUGCAAUGCCGGGGGCGGUUACGGACCCUUUUGAGGCCGUGUUGGACAUGGAGACGGCGCCGGCGAUGCUGGUGCUGCAUAUCCUCGAGCGCGUCGUGGACACACAGCAGCACCUCCAUCAACGGCAGCAACAAGAGCAGUACCACUCCCUCGCCGUGAUCGGCGGCAGUGAGCGCCGUGAGGAGACGGCAGCGCCAAUAGAAAGCACAACAGGAUCGCCAAAGACACACAACACGGCGGCGGUGGGUAGCGUCCUUGACCGUACGCCGCCGUCUUCGAGCACUGACGCGAGCGCGGUAGGGAAUACCUCCUCCCAUGGCGGCUACCGGACCGAUGAGCAAGACACCUCGCUGCGGCCGUGGGGAAGCGGCAGAAGCACAUUAGCAGCGGUGAACGCAACCCCCUCUCCGUCUCUGCACUUCGUGGCGAGCACGACCGCCAUCAAAAGUGUUUCCCCCGCCUCCACACGUUGUCAAAGCAGCACCAGCACUCACGCCAUGCCAACAUCCGCGUCGCGGUCGAAUGUGGCCGACACCGGUGCUGCCGCCACUGCGCCGCAGCCGAUGUCCCCCCUCACAGUGCCGGGCCCGCUGUCAGUGUACUGUGCGUGGGGCUCGGCAUGCCCUCUGUGUGAACUACUGGUGGCACAUCCUCAGUGCUGGACAACACGAAGUCAUCGUGGCUACACGCUGGGCUAUUACACUCUCAAUCCCGAUCGACCUCGACAUUACAGCAGCAGCCCCGCCAUUCAGCUUGCCUUCCCGUCCCUCGACGAGAGCGUCUGCACGUGUGCACGGCACGCCCGCCAUCUCCGCGACAGCGCAGAUUUCACGGCUCUCAUGCAGAACAGCUACACCGGGAACGGCAGCAGCAGUCUUCUGCACUCCAUGCAACCGUGGUUCAUGCGGCCGCGCAUGUUCAUCACCCCAGUCACAGCUGCCUACGGUAUGUCUCCAUACGAGGUAUUUGAACGCAUGUCGUAUCACUGCAAUCUGCUCAGUAGCGGCAGCGGACACAGGCAGCGGCUCCCGCAGCAUCAUUCAUCGUAUUCUCCCAUGACUCGCGAGUCUGUCACCACGCCCACGCCGGUACUCGCAGUGAACAACACCAGCAUUCUUAUCGAGCCCGAUCCUCGCGACCCCCUCAUCUCUCGUGCCCAGGCACACCCACACGAAACCUCCAUGCUCACGACAAGCCAUGAUGCGGUGGUUGGCAGCGCGAAGGAGCAGGCCCACACUCUCUUGCAGUGCGCCGACAUUCCGGAAGCGGUCGCUGAGUACCUUCGCCGCUCCGCCGAUGUCAUUAAGCAGCGCCUCGACUACGCGCGGCGACAGCUGAGCCUCCUGGAGCGGUACGAGCAAGCGUGGGAAGAGCAAAACACUGCGCCUGCGAGGACAUUAUCCUUCGCGGCCACGGCCACCUCUGAUGCCGCUCUUGACGCCGCCAUAGCUACCCAGUCAGCAAGCUCCGCCGCGAUGACCGUAGCUGAGCCGGUAUCCAGCUCGGCGAUACGAAUGCCACCCGCGCAUUCUGUGGAAGGUGCCGCCAGUUUCAGUGGCACUGUUAGAGGUAGUGGUGGUGGCCCUCUGUCCUCCUCCUCCUCCUCCGCUCCCGUCUCUGCCACAGUGAAGCAACUGGGCAGCUGUGCUGAUUCCCUGCCGCGCUCCCUGCGCUAUGGUGACCGCCUGCUUCCCCUGCUCACCGCCCCCAGGCCCCUCUCAAGUCGUGCGCUACUCUUUGACAGCACCACACCGGUCGCAGCUGACAGUGGCGCCGACGCGCCUGUACCACAACGCCAACAACCGCAGGGGCAACAACAGAACUACGCCAGCUCGACACACACCAACCCGGGUAUGCAGGCCAUCGCCGGCGCAUCCACUGCCAUACCGCUCGAUGGGGUGGGUAGCUUGCUGGGGACGGAGCGCUCUCUCCCAGUGGAAGUUCUUCUGCAAUACAUGCUGCAUCACGUCAUCGCUCUCACUUGGGGAAAACGUGGACUUGAAGUUGACACGCUGGUGCGUCUCCUCGAGCACAACCUGCGCCGUCUGCCGCCGUUGCUCGCGAACCUGCCUUACAUCCUGCAGCUGCGCAGCGCUGGAUACACAAGCGCAUCGGCCGUGGCGGCGUCAGCGAGUGACACAACGAGGAAUGAAGCGGGCGCAGAGACCACGGCAGUCCUGUCCUCUGUCUUCACCACGGUGCACACGCGCAUCGCCGCCCCGCAGCCCUCUUCCGCCCCCACGUUUGAGGCAACGCUCCAGAGAUCCUCCCACUGCACCUCGCCAGACAGAUUCAUGACAAGCCCCUACAGCGCCAUCUCACACGCCGCCGCCAGUGCCCGGGUCACGGAGGCGGAGAGAGAGCUGCUGCAAACCUACGAGGUGCUCGAUCAACUGAGCUUGAUGAGGCUUCUGUCGGCGUACGCAACGUGGCCUGUGCGCACGGUGCCGACGCUGUUGCUGCUGCACACAGUCGUGAACGAAUUCAGUGACGUUCUCUACGUGGACAGCUCGACGGCGUGA